ACCUCUGGUUUCCGCCAGGGGGCGCUGACCUUUCAACCUACGCAUGACGUCAGACAAGUAGUCCGCCUUCCUCCCAGCUGUGACGCCAGAUACCAGAGGUUAGAACCGCCAUGUGCCAGCAGCAGCAGCCCGCUCGCACGCCGAAAUGUUUCGGCAACUCCGCCGCCAAAGCCCUGUCCAUCACCCAGGUAGUGUGCGGAGGUCUGGCCAUCGUCCUGGGCAUCGUUAUCAUCGUGCUUCGGGCUGGGAGCAGCUACACUGGGUAUCCGAUAUGGAUUGGAGCCCUGUUCCUUUCUACCGGGAUCGUCGGCAUAUUCGCGGCGGUCCGCAAGACUACAUGCAUGAUGAUACCCUUCAUGAUCCUGUCCAUCGUGUCCGCCUUCUUCACCUCUAUCAUGCUCGGCUUAGCGGCCACUGCGGUAGACUAUGAUCGAUACAGAUGGUGCUGGGAGAUCCAGGACUAUUGCAACGACACGGCUGCCCGUGUGGCGAUGGACGCGCUGCUGAUCAUCCUGGCCCUGCUGGAGGCUGGGCUGUCAAUCACCUCCUCCGUGAUGACGUGUUGUGCUGUCUGCCCCUGCUGUAGAGGUGACGGUCAGGAUACCUGCUGCAGCUGUGACGGCCAGCCUGGUUACCAGCCACCAGCAGUUGCCUAUCAGGUGGGAGCAGACGGCAGACUGGUCCAGAUACCCGGCCAGUACGUCAUGCAGGGGGGACAGCCCAUCGCCAUGACACCGUUCCCUCCAAACCAGCCACAAUACGCCACGGCCCUUCCCCCUGGAGCCGCGCCCCUUCUCCCAGGAGCUGCUGCCCAACAACCCCUACUCAUCACUCAGGCACCUGCCAACAUGGUUGCUGCCCAGGGGACCGCUGUACAGGGUCCCAAGCCACAAGGGAACGUUGUGCUUGUUCCGGCAGGGCAACAGGCGCAAGGAGGCGCUCGUGCACCACCUUCUCAGCCACAGAUGAUCCCAGCACUGCCAACUGUUGGACACGGUGGUAAUAUCCAGUACGUCCUCGCCACGUCCACCCCCAUCCCCAUGCCACAAGUCACGAGUCAGCAGCAGCCACGCGCACAGUCUGUGCCUCAGGUUCAGUUCCAGCAGCCUAUCGCCCCACAACCCGGGUCCUCCCCGUACCCUGUGCAGCCCCAACAGCAGCCGACCGUACCCCAGCACGAGACCUCCCCCCAACCCACCGCCGCGUCCCCGCCGCCUGGUUACCAGCCUACAGAUCCUGGAGCUCCUGCCGCGAACCAGGCUUUUCAGGAUGAUGAUGUCCCUCUCAUCGAUGAAUAAUGAAUGAAUGAAUGAAGACCUUUAUUGUACA